UCCGCCAGCUCAAGAGCCGCCUCCACCCAACCAACUUGCUACGCGGAUAUACAACAAACACAAAACAACUCUCUUCUCUCAUCUCACACACACACAAAAUUCUCACAAAUCUCAUCGCCAAGCACAAAUUUCUCACAAUUACAACAACAAUCAAAUUCCUCACAAACCCACUUUCUUCUUCUUCCUCCUCCUUCACUUUCCCCCAUGGAUUCUUGGGCUUCUCUUCCAGUUCACGAUGAGUAUCAAAAGCUCGUCAUUAGAAUGAACCCCCCAAGGGUGUCUAUUGAUAAUACCUCGAGCAGGAAGGCCACUUUGAUUAAGGUUGAUAGUUCUAACAGGCAUGGUAGUUUGCUGGAGGUGGUUCAAGUCCUUACUGAUUUGAAUCUUAUAAUUCGUCGAGCUUACAUUUCUUCAGAUGGUGAAUGGUUCAUGGACGUUUUUCAUGUCACUGAUCAGAAUGGGAAAAAACUUUGUGAUGAUGGUGUGGGUGAGAGAAUUCAACAGUCACUGGGGCCAAGGGCACGCAGUUUCAGAUCAUUGAGGAGGUCGGUAGGUGUCCAAGCUGCUGCUGAACACACAACGAUUGAAUUGUCUGGAAGAGACAGGCCAGGCUUGCUUUCUGAGGUUUUUGCUGUUCUUACAGAUCUCAAAUGUAAUGUGGUAGCUGCAGAGGUUUGGACCCAUAAUUCAAGAAUGGCUUCAGUUGUUUACAUCACCGAUGACACGAGUGGAAUGCCGAUCGAUGACCCCGAUUGGUUGGCUAAGAUUAAACAGCUUCUCCUCUAUGUUCUUAAAGGAGACAGAGAUAAACACAGUGCCAAUACUGCUGUUUCAAUGAACUCUACUCAUAAAGAGCGGAGGCUGCAUCAAAUGAUGUAUGCAGACCGUGAUUUCGACUUGAAUUACACGAGUUGCAGCGAAAGCUACCAGAGCAGGCCCCUUGUGACUGUAGAGAACUGUGUUGAGAAGGGAUAUACCGUUGUCAACCUUAGAUGUCCUGACCGACCCAAGCUACUUUUUGAUACGGUUUGCACCCUGACCGAUAUGCAAUAUGUGGUGUACCAUGCAACCAUCAUUGCUGAAGAGCCUGAGGCUUAUCAGGAGUACUUUAUCAGGCAUGUAGAUGGAAGCCCUAUUAGUUCAGAGGCAGAGAGACAGAGGGUAAUCCACUGCUUAGAGGCUGCAAUUAGGCGACGAACGACUGAGGGUAUAAAACUCGAGCUUUGCAGUGAAGACCGAGUUGGACUUUUAACAGAUGUAACGAGAAUAUUCAGAGAGAAUGGUCUUUCUGUCACACGAGCCGAGGUUACCACCAGAGGAACACAGGCCGUGAAUGUUUUCUACGUGACAGAUGCAUCUGGAAACUCAGUAAGGAGCGAAACCAUCAAGGCAGUACGAGAAGCCAUUGGACUAACAAUACUCCAUGUGAAGGACGACGAACAACAGUCAAAAUGUCCACCACAGGAAGGCUCAGGUUUCUCUUUAGGAAACCUCUUCCGGUCAAGAUCGGAGAAGGUACUUUACAACUUGGGUUUGAUAAAGUCAUGCUCAUGAGGAGUGGUAGUAGAGAAAGUAAUAUUUGGAAGAGGGAGUUGAUGUAAAUAUUAGAAUCAUCCUUCAGUAAUACAGCAGAGUUUCAAAUCAAUGGUUGUUGAUAUUGAGACAUUUGCUUGAUGAUCAAAUAUUUGCUUCAGUUAGAUUCUAACUUGUACAAUGAUAAUGAAUGUAAAUACUCUCACCUUUUAGUUUAAUGCACAUAAAUCUUAUUAUUGUUCAAACGCAAA